AUGCAGUUAGGGAACGUGUGUGGUCGGUCCUGGAUGUCCUCUUACCAGAAGGGGUCCACUGUCAUGUCCCAAAGGCUAAGAGAUUACCGAGCGGUUCUAUGCGGUAGAUGUCAAAAUGUGUCCCAAAAGAUUUGCCCAAAUAGUAGAGCUAUGCAUGCAACUCAGCCAUUGAUGAUUACGAAGGUACUGUCAUUGGACGAGAUCUUUGCCAGAAGAUCACUAAAGGACUACUUGAAGAAGAUGGAGACAGAGUACAGAGAUAGUCUGACAGUUGUCAACAUGACAGAGGGACAGCAGGAUGGUGAAGAGGAAUUGAGGGUGAAGAGGACAAGAGUUUCUGUACUAGCCCCACUAAUCCAGUACACCAGAGAGCUUCAGACAAAACAGCAGGAAUUUGCUGAAACAGAAACAUUACUGAAAGGUGAGGCCACACCUAAUGUGUGAUGUUCUAUCAACAAGGGCAUUGGGCAUCUCAUGGCCAUUAGGUAUCAGCAGCUUGAGAGUUUGACAUUAUGUCACGAACGGUACCUGUUCCUACAUCAGGUGACGGUGUAUAAUGUAUCCAUCUUGUAUCUACCACUGAAUAAAAAUGUAAAUGCAACAUUCAACGAUUUCUAAGAUUUUACUGAGUUACAGUUCAUAUUUGGAAAUCAGUCAAUUGAAAUAAAUUAAUUUGGCCCUAAUCUAUGGAUUUCACAUGACUGGGAAUACAUAUACGCAUCUGUUUGUCACAGAUACCUUUUUUUUUUUAAAGUAGGGGUGUGGAUCAGAAAACAAGGGAGAAUACCGAGAGACCCAUGGGGCGGUGCACAAUUGGCCCAGUGUCGUCCAGGGUAGGGUAGGGGAGGGAAUGGCCGGCAGGGAUGUAGCUCAGUUGGUAGAGCAUGGCGUUUGCAACGCCAGGGUUGUGGGUUCGAUUCCCACGGGGGGCCAGUAUGAAAAAUAAAAAAAUAGUGUAUGCACUUACUAACUGUAAGUCGCUCUGGAUAAUAGCGUCUGCUAAAUGACUAAAAUGUAAAUGUCAUUUUUUCUGACAGUUUCUGCAGAAAUUAUUCGAUGUGACCACCAUUUGCAUCAUGCAGCCCAACACAUCUUCGCAUAGAGUUGAUCAGGCUGUUGAUUGUGGCCUGUGGAAUGUUGUCCCACUCCUCCUCAAUGGCUGUGCGAAGUUAAUGGAUAUUGGCGGAAUCUGGAACACGCUGUCGUACACGUUGAUCCAGAGUAUCCCAAACAUGCUCGAUGGGUGACGUCUGGUGAGUAUGCAGGCCAUGGAAGAACUGGGACAUUUUCAGCUUCCAGGAAUUGUGUACAGAUCCUUACGACAUUGGGCUAUGCAUUAUCAUGCUGAAACAUGAGGUGAUGGCGGCGGAUGAAUGGCAUGACAAUGGGCCUCAGGAUCUCGUCACGGUAUCUCUGCAUUCAAAUUGCCAUCGAUAAAAUGCAGUUGUCUUUGUUAUCCGUAACUUAUGCCUGCCCAUACCAUAACCCCAACGCCACCAUGGGGCAGUCUGUCCACAACGUGGACAUCAGCAAACCGCUUGCCCACACAACGCCAUACACACUAUCUGCCCGGGACAGUUGAAAACGGAUUCAUCCGUGAAGAGCACACUACUCCAGCGUGCCAGUGGCCAUCGAAGGUGAGCAUUUGCCCACUGAAGUAAGUUACGAUACCGAACUGCAGUGCGGUCAAGACCCAGGUGAGGACGAUGAGCACGCAGAUGAGCUUCCCUGAUACUUUUUCUGACAGUUUCUGCAGAAAUUAUUCGGUGUGGCUGUUAUAUCAGCUGUCCGUGUGGCUGGUCUCAGACGAUCCCACAGGUGAAGAAGCAUGAUGUGGAGGUCCUAGGCUGGCGUGGGUGAACGUGGUCUGCGGUUGUGAAGCCAGUUGGACGUACUGCCAAAUUCUCUAAAAUGACGUUGGAGGCGGCUUAUGGUAGAGAAAUGAAAAUUAAAUUAUCUGUCAACAGUUCUGGUGAACAUUCCUGCAGUCAGCAUGCCAAUUGCACGCUCCCUCAAAACUUGAGACAUCUGUGGCGUUGUGUGACAAAACUGCUCAUUUUAGAGUGGCCUUUUAGUGUCCUCUGCACAAGGUGCACCUGUGUAAUGAUCAUGCUGUUUAAUCAGCUUCUUGAUAUGCCACGCCUGUCAGGUGGAUGGAUUACCUUGGCAAAGGAGAAAUGCUCAGUAACAGGGAUGUUAACACAUUUCUGCAAAAAAAUUGAGAGAAAUAAGCUUCAUGCGUAUGGAAAAUUUGAAAAAUGGGACCAACACUUUACAUGUUGCGUUUAUAUUUUUGUUCAGUAUAAAUGGAUCUUUCACUGAUAGUAAAUUCAGUGAAAUAAGAAACAUUGUUUUUCCCUUCUCAGAUGACGACCCAGACAUGCGUGAACUGGCAGUCCUUGAGAGGGAGGCCUGUCAGAAAGCGAUUCAAGAUGUUAGACAAAAGGUACACGCCUGCAUUUUAUGUUCCCCCUACAGUUGGAAUAAGAUGACACUGAUAAAAGCACAUUUAGGAUGGCGAAAGGAAAUCGAAUCACUUCAAUCAGUAUGGAAAACAUAGUUUGAGAAAAUUACUAAACUAUCAUGUCUGAUUCUUCUACAUUCCUUCAGAUCCUGUCCCUGUUGAUCCCUGAGGAGGAGUCAGACAUGAGUGACCUGGUCCUGGAGGUCACCGCAGGGGUUGGAGGUCAGGAGGCCAUGCUCUUCACUGCAGAGGUCUUUGACAUGUACCAGAGCUUUGCAGCACACCAGGGCUGGGGGUUCGACAUCCUAGAGUACAUGAAAAGUGAAAUAGGUCAGUCACAUUCAUUCAUUAACAGGGUUGUUGUUGUCAAACCAUGCCUGUUGCUAGUUUUUACCCAAACUUCAACUGACUCCAUUUUAUGAAUGGAAACUUUGAGUGUGUUAAUAUGUAAUCUGUCUGCAGGUGGAUUACGGCAUGCAUCAGCCAGUGUCAGUGGUCCUGAGAGCUACAAGAGGAUGAAGUUUGAGGCAGGUGUGCAUCGCGUGCAGAGAGUCCCUAAGACUGAGAAACAGGGCCGCAUGCACACCAGCACCAUGACAGUGGCAGUGUUACCCCAGCCCACAGAGGUAAGUCCUUCCCUGAGGCAUUUGGCCCUUGUACUCUUGCAAGUCUUAAAAAAUAAAUAUAAAAAAUAUUCUGUGAAGUAUUACCUUCUGUUACCAAAAAUUAAGUACAGACUUAUUUUUCUAAGUGCUGGAUUCAUUAUUUAUUUUUCAGAUCACAUUCACAAUUAAUGCGAAGGAUUUGAGGAUUGAAACCAAGAGGGCGAGUGGAGCCGGGGGCCAGCAUGUCAACACCACAGACAGCGCAGUACGAAUAGUUCAUCUCCCUACAGGUAAUCUCAGGCAAUACAAUGCCGUAAGGAUCAGACAGUGGAUUAUGAAACUCAUAUUCUCAUACUGUAAACAGACGGUAAAUUGUGAUUUGCAGAGCAUGUACUCACAAGGAAAAUUCACAAUGGCAAAUGUGGUUGGAUCUAUUGCUUUGAAUUAGCCUGUUUCUCCUUUGAGUGUCUCCAUAGUAGUGUUUUAUCUCUGUUUUGGGUCAUAGGUGUGGUCUCAGAAUGCCAGCAGGAAAGAUCCCAACUGAAAAAUAAGGAAAAGGCCAUGAAGGUUCUACGUGCCAAACUCUAUAGUAUGAGGCUGGAAGAAGAGACCAGUAAGCGAUAUACUGCACGGAAAGUCCAGGUACGGAUCAGAACUGCACAUAUACAAGAAUGUUGCUGUUCAAAAAUGGUUAUGUCAGGAAUGGAUAUCAAAAUCCAGUUCAAAGUUUUCAUAUGUUUCCUACAAAGUCAUUUACAAAACCUAGGCUUGAACUUUCCAAAAUACAGUGUUGAAGAAAGACAAUGGACUGCAAUGGGCAACAGUUAAUAUGGUUUGCACUGAUAGAAUAGACAUGACUGACAUAGGUGAGAAAGUUGCCUGUUGGAGUAUUUACUGCCUUGAAAGUGGAAGCUGAGAUGGGCCUGGGGGAGUGGGAACUCAAAUAGCUGCCGGCUGUCUGUUGGAUACAAAGCUUUUACAGUAAGUGUUGGUCUGUAUAGCACAUUUUGUGUAUUGACUAUUUUUAAUCUAUCCUUUUUUAGAUUGGCACCAAAGGUAGAUCUGAGAAAAUCAGGACCUACAACUUUCCCCAGGACCGAAUCACAGAUCAUCGGAUUGGGAAAACAGUGCAUGAUGUCCGGGAGUUUCUUGUGGGAGAAGAGCUUCUUGAGGAAAUGAAUGUGGCAUUAGAGGAGUUCUCUAACCAGGAGAUUCUCAUGGACAUUCUUGGAGAAAAUGACUGUGAUCAAUAA